GUGAAUUCGUUGUUUUUUUCGUGUUUUUUCGCGCGCCGCGGCCGAAAAAGCCGAGGCGUCGUGAAUUCCGCUUAUUUCUGCCUUUGCACGCGCCCCCAAGGACGCGAACGACCUUCGUAAUAACCGUGAGUUACACGCAAAUAUUUAGACUGAACCUUCUUACGGGCAAUCCAUCGAUGCUUCGAUGCGACGAUGGUUGACAAGCCUUCCUCGCAGAUCCAGAAAUGGCGUCUCCCGUGCACAUGGUCUACUAAAAGCGUAUGACUUUGUUGUCGCCGUUACGGAAUUUACAAUCUUAAUGAAAACGUUUGUGCCUGUCUCUACUACAAUCUUGAGUGAUAGUUCUUCCACAAGCUGCUGCCCCCAAGUCGAGGAUGUACCAGACGGAAUGUCUUUUGUGCUAUUCCUCGUAAUCGUUCUCGCAUAAUCGCCACUUAUGUCAAAAUCUUUUUCUUCUGGUAUUCUUCCAUCAAUCGUGAUAAAUCAAUUGUAAAUAGAGAGUGUAUAUAGAGUGAUAGGUGAGUGAGAUAGUGUGUGGAGCUAUAUUUGGCAAUGAGUUCAAGUAAUAAAACAUCAGUGUCCUCCAGUGGGAGAGGCACUAAUAAAAACAAAUUAUCACAGCAACAUGGAAAAUCAGAUCAUCAUCAAACUAAAUCAUCAGAUUCAACAAAACAUGAUAAAAUGCAGCCUAAUACUGUUCAGGUCCGGCAUGCACAGAUCAUUGAUACUCGCAUGGGAGGGGUUGAAGACCCAGUAUUUAAAGAACGGAUCAAAGAAGUUAUGGAUUUAACAUGUCGUUCCGAAGAUGAAGUCAUUAUGGCUUUGCAUGAUAGCGAUGGAGAUUUGAAUCGUGCCGCCAUUGAUCUCUUGGAAGGUGUUAAAACAGAAUGGGAAGUCAAAAAAAAGAAGCCUCGUCAACCAAGUGGCUCAAAGCAAGCUGCUGAUCAACCAGGUGGUCAAAAUGACGGAGGUGAUUGGGAAGAAAGACGCAAUCAACGAAGUGGUGGACCACCACGAAUGCGAGGUCGUGCUAAUCAUGACAACCGUGAAUGGCGUGGUCGCGAAAAUAAAGAAAAUGAGAGAAACAUGGAAGAGAGUGCUCGAGAUGGUAGCUACAGUGGCAGUAGAAGAGGACGAGGAGGUCCUGGUAGAUCAGGACGUGGAGGUCGUGGAGGUGGAAGAGGUCUUGGACCACGAACAUUUGCGAAUCGUAAUGAUCCAGCUUCUACUUCUUCAACUCAUAGUUUCAGUCGACCAAUUGACACUUGGGCAGGUAGUGAAGAACAACAACAAAGUAUUCAAGAGCCAAAAAUGGCUUGGAACAAUUACGAAUCAACAGAAGAUUGGGAUAAUGAGGAAUACACAGGAUCAUUAGCAGAUACAAAAGUUUUUACACCAAGUACUUCUUUAACUGAACAAGCUCCUGUACAUGAUGAACCAAAGACUCAAGAUUUACAAUCAAUACAGUCAAAUCAGACUGUCAAUCUCGGACUACUGCAACAAGAAGAAAUAUCAAAAUUAUCCGAAAUACCAACGAUACAACAACAAGCAUUAAUUCCACAACAACCUCAACAGCAACAAACUGUACUGAGCUUACCAACGAUGCAACUUUCACAACAACCAAAUGCUAUUAGCGGUGGUGUAUUAACUGCUGCACAAACUCAGUAUUUGACACAGCUAACUCAACAAACUAGUGAAAAUUUAAAAACAGCAGGACAGCCUUCAUUUCCAUCCUCAAUAACAAAUCAGCCUCAAAGACAAUCUAAACAACGUCCAAGAGUACCACCUCCAUCGAAAAUACCAUCUAGUGCGGUAGAAAUGCCGGGUGAUGCAGUCAACAGUGGCAUCGGAUUUCUCGAUGUUCAGUUUGGCGCACUUGAAUUUGGAAGUGAUUCAAGCUCGCUUGAUGGUUCAGCUAAUGAAAAAUAUAAUUCGAGUAAUAAUACCAUCUCUAAUGUUGAUGUUCCCUCUACCACAAAUACUGUAAACACAGCGGGCACAAAUAGUUCCAUUGAUAUUGAAACUACACAAACUUCCACAACACCAUUUAAUGCCACUUCUCAAAUGUUAUCGAGCAGUGACAGUUUACCAGUAUCAAAUGAUCAUUCAAUAAAUUCUCAAACUUUUGCGGGUCGUGGAAGUACUGGUCAAACUUUGGAUAUAACCAAACAGGAUUUCACAUCGCAAGUUUCUCCAGGAAAUGCAACUACAUAUGGCGCAGCAACGUAUCAAUCUCAAAAGACAUCAUUUCAACCAUCUAGUGCCACGCAAAGCACUUAUAAUACAUAUUCUACAAAUACGCAAUCAGGACAGUCGUUCCAGACUGUUUCAGUCACAAAUGCUAAUACGUAUUCUGCAACGGCAACAGUUUCACAAACGAGUUACAAUUCCUCUUCAUCAUUCCCUCAGUCAAAUUCUUCAAAUUUUAGUCAAGCAUCUCCUUCUGCGUCGACAUCUGCAGCUUCUGUUUACAAUCAGCCAACUACUACCAAUCAGGUAUAUCAAUCUACGAGUGGUUAUGCAUCCACAACAACCUCUCAAUACCAAGCAUCUUCUGUAGCUACAAAUACUGUAUCAAAUAGUAAUGCUGGAUAUCAAGCAAGUGGUUAUCAAGGAUCUUCUUCGUUUCAAUCUACUCCUCAAGCUUAUCAACCAUCCGCUACUACUUUUAGUUCACCUAUUACUCAGACAUCCGGACCUUAUCAAAGUGCAGCACAAUCUGUUUAUGCGAGUGCGUACGGAAAUUACACAAGUCAACCACAAACUGCAUCUCACAAUCAUAAGUUGAAUAGUAGUACAACAAAGGAUUCUCAAUAUGAAAGUAGUACAACGACUUCUAACAAUUCUCUUGCUACGACGACGACAACUACAUUAGGACUUAGUUCAGCUUCUGUGAAUAGUUCUCAGACAAAAGUAACUAGUUCUAAUGCCGUACCAAAAAGUACAUCGAGUGGCGUUGUAACGGGUAGCAGUGGCACUGGCAAUAUAACAGGAGGAGGAGCAGCAGGCAGUAUGGCACCGAUGCUCAGUCACCAAUACAUUAUGGGUCAGGGAGUGCCAUAUACAUUUCAGCAACCAAUGUACAGCUACGAAGAUUUACAACUUAUGCAACAAAGAAUACCACAUAUGCCAACUACUGGUUACUAUGACGCGGCUCUGGGCUAUCAGACGACUGGACCAGCAACCAGUCUUGGUGGGGCACGAGGUGAUGCGUUGUCUGGUGUACAAGGUGUUCAAGGAGUGCAAGGUGUCCAAGGAGCUUAUACCAGUAUUAGCGACGCUAGGUUUGCCAGAAAUGAUAGUAACGCGUCACCGGUUCCUUCCACUAUGUCGCAACAGACUGCUACACAGCAUCAACAACCUAUGAUGAACCCAACGCUUCCUCCAGGUUACGCAUAUUUCACAUAUAGCGGAGGCAUAAUGCCAGGCGGUUUUCAAUAUGGAACUCCUGCUAUUUAUCCCCAGAUAGCAACUGCUGGAAAUGCUGGUACAAAUAGCGGAGCAUACAGCGCUAAACCAGGAAGUUAUGGAUCUGGUUAUGGCGGUGGUGCAAGUUACGAUGCUUUAGCGUCCGCAGGGCCAUCCGGAGAAUAUAAAGCUGCUGGAAGUAAUUACACUGGUACACAGGCGGGCAAAACUGGUACUUCUACAGGAAAUACCAAUACUGGUGGAUCAUCUGCGACUGAUAUUAGUGCAACGAUGUAUGCAAAGAGUCACGUAGCACUUAGCAAAGUAAAUUCAUAUGAAAAACAAGCUUUUCAUUCUGCGACUCCACCGCCAUUUGGUAUUACUGGUAGCCAAAAUGCAGGAUUGCCUGGAGGAUACGGCACGCCGCACUUAUUUAUACCAACGAUGCCUCAUCAAUUACAUCAACCACUUCAUCAGGAUGGUACCAAUAGCACAGGUCAAAGGUCCAAUACAAGUUCACAGAACAAAGCUCAAGCUAAGCCUGGUUACAGUCCUAGCUAUUGGGCUGGAAGCAAUUAAAAUAUCUUGAACGAGAUAAAGAAGAAAGGAGCGAUGUAACAACCAUUUUAGAAAAAAUAAACAUUCGCCAUUGUGAGAUAUGGUGGUGUAAAACAUGGACGUUGAUAUAAAGGGUUUACGCGAUACAUGAGAAUAAGGACAAAAGAUUUUUUUUUUUUCAUCAGGUUAUACAUUUUGGCUAUAAAUCAGUAUGGACUAAAGAGUGAGUCUUAAUCGUUGGAAGGAUUAAACAAUAUUUGUUGUUUCUCUUACGAAAAAAGAGAUAUUUAGGUGUUUUUUUUUGAGAUUAUUCUAUCAAAGUCAACUUCCCUUAAAAAUGAUUCCCUUACUGAAGAUUAAUUUCAGCUCUUUAUUUCAAAAUCGUGACGUUCCAAAUAUUAACAAUGAUUAUUUUGUUAUCUUGAUUUUGUGUUUCAUAUAAUGAAAUGUGAAAGAGGGAAGUUUUUGUUUCGUCUACUAGUACAUCUUAUGCUUAAUAAGCAUAUAUUGAUAUGUUAUAUGAUGUUUUUGAAGUUAAACAAUGUUUAUUAUAAAAGCAAUGAAUUGUAUAAUUCUUCCUAACGGAAGUUGCACUCGUGCCAAAUAGACUGGUAGCGUGAGUGAUACUUGCGAGAACUUGUUCGGUUACUUGUUUUUAUCACGAACGCAGGAUAAAAAGCGCGAGCAGGCUUCGUGUGGUUUGUACCACUAGUAAACCUACCGAGUGUGUGAAUAGCAUAGCGCUUGUGUGAAAGAAAAAGAAAAACCAUAAAAGCUAACGGCUGCUGUAUCAGCUCCUGUAUAUGCUUCAGUACACUACAGUGCAAUUGCGAAUAUACCGCAUCGACUGCAAAAAGUGAUAGUUUUUUGUAAAAUGUAGGCAUUUUGGCUAACAUCUAACGUGCUCCUUUACACGAAAGAAAAAACAAAGCACCCUUUCAUGAAAUAAUGUAAAGAUGUGUUUCUGUAAAUUGCAGUGUUUGUAUGUAUCAAGAAAAUUUUAAGUACAUAAACAUUUAUGAUUAUAAUAUUUUCACUUUUUGGUACGUGAAAUAUAAGCAGGGAUUAUAUCAGAACAAUUAUUUAUACCUAUACAGAGUGUUCUGUUCACUUGGAUCGCUAAUUCGAGUGAUUAAGAUAGGUGAGCGUUACUUUUUGUUAUAAGGUAUCGAACAAAAGUUCCCGAACCAAAAAGGUAAUGUCUUAUGAUUAUAUUAUCUGAAAUAAUUGUGUGUAUAAAAUUAUUUUAUAUUUAUAAAAAGUCAAAUUAAGAAAUUUUAGGUAUACCUGUAGAAGUAUCAAGGGAUAUUAGGAGAUAUCAACAAAUUUCUUAUCGUAUCUUUAAUCAAAUCGAAAUGCAGCCCUGUUUCCUUCUGAUCGUAGAGACUCUAUUAACAUUUCUUUCUAGAGAGUUAAAACGACAAUUUUUCACAAUAAUAUUACUUAUACCCUUUAAACAUGAUCGUUACAUGAAAUUCGAUGGUCGUUAUGUUUCUUCAUUAAUUAAUCAUCCGCAAGUAAUAAUGAAGAUUUAACAUUCAGCACAAAUAACUCUUUAUUUACAUAUUACUAUUAUAUUUGGCAAGAUUUUGCGAUUAUUUUAUAAGCAUAUAAAAAUAAAAAAGUAUAUAAAAAAGUAAAAAGAAAAAAAAAAAGAUUCGUUUUGUAAACAUUAUAGAAACUUUAACUUGUAAAAAGUUAAAACAACUUUAAAAUGCAUUAUAUCAUUAAAUCAUUAUUUAAUAGAGCUCUUUAAUUAUAAGAAAGAAAAUUUAUACAAUUUCUUAUUAUACAUAUUUAUAUUGCAAACCAUUCUCUAAAUCUUUAAUGGCACGUUGUGAACGAUUGUGAAAGAUCGAUAAUUGAAAAGUCUAUUGUUUAUAUCUCGUUCGCACCUUUUAUUCGGAAUUAAUCGUAGGUUUGAUAAUAUUAUCGGAUAAACGAAAUAAAAGGCAAUUUUUGCAUUUCAAUCGAUAAGAAGGAAGCACGUCACGCAAUUCUAGUUAUUUAGUAUACGAUAUACCUAGAUUCACCUGAUAUUACGUGCUGAAGUAAUUGACUAGAACAAAUCUAUAAUAAUUUGUCAUGUUUCACCGACAAAGGAAAAUAGAUACUUCAAUGUAUUUUUAGUCAUAUAACCAGUCUGCCAGUCUAUCUAUUUGAUACGAAGAAAGAGAAGCGAUCAUCUGUUUGUUCCAAGAGUAUCGAUCAUUUUUGAAAUUACGCGGGUUGAGAAAGAUCACGUGAACGAUCUUUAAAAGGAGGAAAAUUUGAAAGAGAAGUUAUUCGGUGACCAAUGCACGCUUUAGGAGUUAUAGUUUACAUCUUUGCAUUAUGAAUAGAAAAUCAUUGCCAAUAUUCUUCCCAUGAAAACGAACAAUGCUAUUUAUGCAUGUAGAACGUUCCAUGUGGUGCUGUGAGAAUUUUUACAAUUUGUGCGUGGUUAUCAUGUACCAUAAGUGGGAUAUAAAUUCUCUUUUACUAUUAACAAAAAAAAGAUGAAAGAUAAAAAACGGUUGUCAAAGCUUUAUUAAGUACCGCUGACAUAAACGAGAAACAAAUAGUUGUAAGUAAACUUUAUCUCUCUGUACUGUCUGCCUGUCUAUUUCUCUCUCUCUCUCUCUCUCUCUCUCUCUCUCUCUCUCUCUCUCUCUCUCUCUCUCUCUCUCUCUCUCUCUCUCUCUCUCUCUCUCUCUCUCUCUCUCUCUCUCUCUCUCUCUCUCUCUCUCUCAUUCUCUAUUUUUCCCUCUCUCGUUAGCCGUCACAAGCGGUGAUAUAUACAUAAGCGGUAUGAAUAGGAUAUAUUUGAGGAUAUUGGAAGACGAAAAGUAGGCUAGCUUCCUUGCUCUCAAAAAUAUACCAUUUGUACUGAGAAAUUUUGGAAAAAAAUGUAGAUGAUUCAAUUUCAUAAGAAUCCUCCGAAAAAUGAUAAACAACGCCACUGGUUGUAGGUACACAUUAAGAACGUAAGAAGGGAGACGUUGAUCACGUGUUCGUUGUUCUUUGUAUAUGGUUCAGCGGACACCACAAAGAGAGCAUUUGCAGUAAUGAAAAGAAGCGGGAAAGUGUUUAUGUUCUUGUUUUAUCUUAGCAUAGGCUUUAGUUAUUUCAAACUUUUUUUCUGUACACAUGGAUAAACUUAGGAAGAAAUACGAUAAAUGUGAUUAUAAUGAAAAAUGAAAAAAAGGAAGAUGGAUAUUGUUAUGGUAGAGAUUGAAAGAAACCACUAAACAAAAUGAUUAAAAAGAAAAAAAAAAAGAAAAAAAGAAGGAUAAACUUCAGAGUAAGCACGUUUGUUCUCGUAAUAAUUAUUAUACAAUUCAUAAUUUUUGUAUUUUUGUCAAAUAUUAACCGAUCGACCGAGAAUGCAAAAUGCAUUACGCCACUACUGCUAACUAUUAUAUAAUUAUUAAAAAUAAUAAUAGCUACUACUGUGUAUAAAUAUGAAUAUAUAAGAAUAAAUGUAUUAAAGAAAUCUUGUAAUUCAAGUACCUGUUGUGCUUGGAAGACAUUUUGAACUUUAUAAUUUUAUCAGUACUAAGUACGUAGUAUUUUGUGCAUUCUUUACGAUUUAUAAAUACAUAUACAUAUUAAGGAACACACCUUAACGGCAUCGGAUUAUUAAUAGCCUCACUAAUGGAAAACUUGUAAAAUUCUGUGAGCAUAUUAAUAUAUUUAUCCUUUAAUAAUAGUAAUUGAGCAGUA